AUGGCACGUUAGAGCAACACGACUGUUGUGUUUGAGCCACAUGUGUGAAUGACAGGAGGAAAAGUCAUUAACCACGGUGCUAAAUGUGAUAAAUUACAGCGGAACAUAAAGUGAUUGGAAACAAACAUCCUCUUCAUGCCUGUAAAUGAAGAAAAAUCUACAGAUAAAUGAUCUGUCUUUGCUUUAAUCGGUUGAUACGGUUUGUCCUCCGCCCCUUAAACGUCACACAACAGAAACUAUAUCAGCAACACGUCCGAAGAAAUUAUUCUGUUAGCUUUAAAAGCCUCAACCUCUGACUUCUCCUGUGUUCUGUCUCUCUAGUGAUUACUACUCCGACGGUUUCCAUCUGUCCGACAGCACGUGAAGGCAGCAGCAGGAGCUCAUCUGUUGGACAGGGAAACUAAUCAGGAGCCAAGUAAAGACUUUUCAGUGCAGCUAGCUCCAGGCUAGCAGCUCCGAGCCCACCGUCCAGCCUGAAGAACCCGGGCUCUGUUAAUGAGGCGCGGCGUCUCUCCGAGCGACGAACGGCGGUCAGACAUGAUUUAGAAACUCGGUUGUUUUCGCGGUUAAAGUCGGACGGCGGGAAGCCCUGUGUGUCUCUAACGUUAGCUGGGAGAGAAGUGCCAGAGGAGGCAGGAAAAAAAUGGAGCUGGACAGCGUAGUCCUCUACCAGGACGACUCCGGUAACUCUACCAUGAUGUCGGACCGGGUCUCGGGUCUCGCCAGUUCGAUUUACCGAGAGUUCGAGCGGCUGAUAGAGAAAUACGACGAGGACGUGGUGAAGGAGCUGAUGCCGCUGGUCGUCGCCGUGCUGGAGAACUUGGACUCGGUGUUCGCGGUGAACCAGGAGCACGAAGUGGAGCUGGAGCUGCUGAAGGAGGACAACGAGCAGCUGGUGACCCAGUACGAGCGAGAGAAGGCUCUGAGGAAACACGCAGAGGAGAGGUACAUCGCUCUAGAAGACUCUCAGGAGGGAGAGAAGAAGGACCUCCAGGGUCGACUGGUGUUACUGGAGUCUCAGAAUCGGCAUCUGGAGCUGAAGACUAAAAACUAUGCAGAUCAGAUCAGCAGGUUUGAGGAGAGAGAGGCUGAGCUCAAAAAGGAGUAUAAUGCUCUUCAUCAGAGACACACCGAGAUGAUCCACAGCUACAUGGAACAUCUGGAGCGGACCAAACACCAGCACCCAGUGACACCAGCAGAACCGCCAGAUACAAGCACAUCAUCCAGAACACGGAAGGAGCGUCCCAUCUCCAUGGGCAUAUUCCAGCUUCCUGGGACUGAUGGUGUGACCCCUGACCUCCAGAGAGAGCCUGUGGACACGCCCUCUGAACCCUGGAGGUUCAACAACCUCAGCCACCCACGGUCCAACACCAGCCUCAAGUCCAAGGAUCAGUUCUGUCCAAUCAGAGCGGAGGGCGAAGUGUCACGGGAGAAGCUGUCCAAUGAGGAGGCCGAUCAGGACCAGGAUGAACUGGCUGGUACAAACCGCAGAGGCUCCAAAGGUGGAGGAUCCAAGUCCAACACCCCCAUGUCCUCUCAGGGCGGUACGUCUAAAUCCAACACCCCCACCUCCGCGUCCACACCUCUGUCUCCUCAUGACGGCGCCUCCACCACUGUGAGUCCUGUGUCCAGUCAUGGUGGGGGCCCUGCCUCUGCUACACCUGGGUCUGCAGCUGCUUCAGAUGUGGCCAUGGAGUCUGUGGACACCCCCCUCCAGGAGCGGGCUUCGGACUUCAACCAGAACCUGGACUGGAACAGCGGGAAGCCGGACAGCAACAAGAACAUCUCAGCGGUGCAGGAAGGACAGCAGGGUCAGAGUGGGCGGGGCAGUCAGGAGUCUGCUGCUACACCUGCGACAGGUGGAGAUGAUGGAGCGGAGAACCUGGACAAGUCUGAGGUGCAGGCCAUCAUAGAGUCCACUCCAGAACUGGACAUGGACCUGGAGAGCUGCAGAGGAACCAGCACGCCGGCUAAAGGCGGCGUGGAGAACCUGGCGUUCGACAGAAACACUGACUCUCUGUUCGAGGAGCUGUCGUCGGCAGGAAACGACCUGAUCGGAGACGUCGACGACGGAGCUGACCUGCUGGGUAUGGGUCGGGAGGUGGAGCAUCUCAUCCAUGAGAACUCUCAGCUGAUGGAGACCAAAAACGCUUUGAACGUGGUGAAGAACGACCUGAUCGCUCAGGUGGACGAGCUGUCCUGUGAGAAGGAGGUUCUUCGAGGAGAGCUGGACGCUGUCAAUCAGGCCAAGAGCAAACUGGAGGAGAAGAACAAAGAGCUGGAGGAGGAACUGAAGAAGAUCCGAGGAGAGCUGGAGGAGGUCAAACACAAAGUCAAGCCUGAGAAUGAGGACGAUAGCGAUGUGCCUACGGCCCAGAGGAAGCGCUUCACCAGGGUGGAGAUGGCCCGGGUCCUGAUGGAGAGGAACCAGUACAAGGAGAGACUGAUGGAGCUGCAGGAGGCGGUCAGAUGGACGGAGAUGAUCCGGGCGUCGAAGGAGAACCCAGCUCUACCAGAGAAGAAGAAGUCCAGCCUCUGGCAGUUUUUCAGCCGUUUGUUCAGCUCGUCGGGCGGAGCGGCCAAGAAGCCGGCGGUGGAGGCGCCGGUCAACGUCAAGUACAACGCCCCCACCUCUCAGGUGCAGCCGUCCGUCAAGAAGAAGAGCAGCACCCUGCAGCAGCUGCCCAGCGACAAGGGCAAGGCCUUCGACUUCCUCAACGAGGAAGUGGCGGCUGACAACGUGGUGUCCAGACGAGAGCAGAAGAGAGCGCAGUACCAGCAGGUCAAAGCCCACGUCCAGAAGGAGGACGGCAGAGUCCAGGCCUACGGCUGGAGUCUGCCCAAGAAGUUCAAGGCCAACGGAGGUCAGUCGGAGAGUAAGAUGAAGAACCUGCCUGUUCCGGUCUUCCUCAGACCUCUGGACGAGAAAGACGCUUCUAUGAAGCUGUGGUGUGCUGCCGGUGUGAAUCUCUCUGGAGGGAAAACCAGAGACGGAGGUCUGAUCGUCGGGGCCAGUGUGUUUUACAGUGACGUACCUGGACCUGAGAGCCCCAAGAAGAAGACUGGGUCCCAGAGCAGUCUGGACAAACUGGAUCAGGACCUCAAGGAGCAGCAGCAGGAGCUGCGGCAGCAGGAUGAACUCUCAUCUCUGGUCUGGAUCUGCACCAGCACCCAGUCCACCACCAAGGUCGUGGUCAUCGACGCCAACCAGCCUGGAAACAUCCUGGAGAGCUUCUUCGUGUGUAACUCCCACGUCCUCUGCAUCACCAGCGUACCAGGAGCCAGAGAGACGGACUACCCCGCUGGCGAGGAGGUUCCUCCGGCCUCUGAGGCAGGACCGGCGGGGGAGGGCAGCUCCUCCGCGGCCGGCAGCAACUCGGCGGGGGGAGACGGCGUGCUGGGGGGCAUCACUGUGGUGGGCUGUGAAGCGGAGGGAACGGCAGCUGUUCCUCAGACCGCAGACGGUUCAGGAACAGACGGAGAACCAGAAUCCAGACCAGCAGAGGAGGCCACCGAGGCCACGGAGACCAGCGGGGGGGUCACCGACCACAGAGAGACCCUGAGGGGGGUCUACACCGAGCACGUCUUCACCGACCCGCUGGGAGCUCAGCAGACGGCAGAGACUCCAAUCGGCUACUCCCAGAGGGAGAGCGACCUGCUGAAAGAUGGAGUCAGUUCAGACCCAGCAGCCGAGGACCAGAACCUGAUGAGGGAGGAGGCUCAGAAGAUGAGCAGCGUCCUGUCCACCAUGUGGCUGGGGGCCCAGAACGGCUGUGUGUACGUCCACUCCUCCGUGGCCCAGUGGAAGAAGUGUCUCCACUCCAUCAAGCUGAAGGACUCUGUGCUCGGCAUCGUACACGUGAAGGGCCGGGUCCUGGUGGGUCUGUCUGACGGGACCUUGGCCAUCUUCCACAGAGGAGUGGACGGACAGUGGGACCUGACCAACUACCACCUGUUGGACCUGGGGAGACCACACCACUCCAUCCGCUGUAUGACUGUGGUCCAUGACAAGGUGUGGUGUGGAUACAGGAACAAGAUCUAUGUGGUGCAGCCCAAAGCCAUGAAGAUAGAGAAGUCCUUUGACGCCCACCCUCGUAAGGACAGUCAGGUGCGUCUGCUGGCCUGGGACGGUGAUGGGAUCUGGGUGUCCAUCAGACUGGACUCCACCCUCAGGCUGUUCCACGCUCACACCUUCCAGCACCUGCAGGACGUCGACAUCGAGCCCUACGUCAGCAAGAUGCUGGGUACGGGGAAACUGGGCUUCUCGUUUGUGAGGAUCACAGCUCUGAUGGUUUCCUGUAACCGUCUGUGGAUCGGCACCGGGAACGGAGUCAUCAUCUCCAUCCCCCUGACGGACACCAACAAGGCGACCAAGGCGGCAGGUAACCAACCAGGAGGUGUGGUUCAAGUGUACGGUGACGACAGCGGGGACAAGGUGACGGCCGGGACCUUCGUCCCGUACUGCUCCAUGGCUCACGCUCAGCUCUGUUUCCAUGGUCACCGGGACGCCGUCAAGUUCUUCACUGCUGUCCCAGGUCACUCCGCCCCUUCCCCCUCAUGUGGAGAUGCAGCAGGUGACAGGACGACAGACUCCGCCUCCUCUCAGGACGGAUCCAGGUCCAUGUUGGUGAUGAGCGGAGGAGAAGGUUACAUCGACUUCAGGAUGGGUGACGAAGACGGCGAGGCGGAGGAGGGAGAGGACCCGCCCAUGAAUCUGCAGCCCUUCCUGGCUAAAGCCGAGCGCAGCCACCUCAUCGUGUGGCAGGUCAACGAGGACUGACCUCUGACCUCUGACCCCUGAGGCCUGGUUUCCCUCUCUCAGACCUGCUGCCACGGAGGAGGAGUGCAGGUGAACGGCUCACCUGAACAGGCAGGAGUCUGAUCAGCACUUUGUCCUCGCACCUGAACGAUCAGUGUGAACCGAGCUACACCUGAUCCGAGGCCCGGUUCUCAGGAGACCUGGUUCUCAGGAGACCCGGUUCUCAGGAGACCCGGUUCUCAGGAGACCUGGACCGGAGCAGACUUCUUCUUUUAUCUUGUUUUCCCUUUUUUAAUUUGAUGGAUCUGAACAUGAAUCUGUUCUUUUAAUAUUAUUUGAGGUUAAAGACAAUAAUUAUGCUACACACCUGUCCUCCAGGUUCCCUCCACUCGGUCCAGACCCUGUCCUGAUGCUGGACUGGUUCAGACCAGAAGAUAAUCACCUGUCACUUCCUGUUUGCCCUGUAAUCAUGUCAGACUGGGGCAGCAUGUGGGAGCCAAUCACAGACCAGAUUUCAUGUCGAUGUUUGUUUUCAUCCUUUGAGAAGUUUAAUCAGUUUAAUCAGUCAGCAGGUGUUUGGGUCAGGAUCUCACCUGGUCUGAGUCUCACCUGCAGGUGUCUCAAUAUACAACAUUACAACAUGUAACACUGCAUUCAAGUCACAGAGCUGAAGAAUCCUCCUCCUCAUCAUCAUCAUCAUCAUCAUCAUCAUCAACCUCUCUGAUUCUCUGUGUGAAGAUAUUUACUGAAAAAUCAUAGUUUAAUUUUAAUUUAGAAGUUUUCAGAUCAAAGAUGGCCGCCGGAGACGACGCCUCCUCCUCAGUUUGUUCAACAUGAACCAGAAUUAAAGAUGUUCCUAUAGAUUUUUAGUAUUUUCAUAUGAAACCAGCUGCUCGUGUUUUAUAAACAGACGAGGACGAGUCACUUCUGUCCGUCUGCAAGUUUAUGACGAAAUUUUCAUCCACAGAAAAACUAAUUUGUUUUAAUUAGUUUUAUUUGGAUCCACAGCAGCUUCCACUGUCUCACCUGCUUUAGAUUCUUCAGACUCUGUGACUUGACUGAUGUUAACUGAGGUGUCGGCAGCAGAUGCCUUCAUGUUACUGCCCCCCCACCCCCCACCCCCCCUCAUAUAGCUCUAUAGAGGAUGGUAUUUACUCUAACACCACUGGGGGGCGCCGUCGGCCUCUGUAGACUCUUUAAACUUUGCCUUAGCCCUGAAGCUCUGAACUCGUAUUUAUUCUCCUGAAUGUUACGUUUGCUACCAAAGGUUCAAGAAAUUAAAGAUGGAUGGUUGUUCACCUGCUGAAACAGUAACUGUCUCAUCUAACAGCCGCUGUCAGCUGACAGUCCGUCUCCACGGAGACCACGUUUUUCUAACAGAUCCUGGUGUAUAGAUCAGAUAUAUUUUUAGACUUUGAUAUUUGGAGAUGAAAUAUUUUCAGGGUGUGAGAGAAGAGGACGUGUUGUUACUGAGCGUGAACAAUGACCCCCCCCCCGGUCCUGGUCCGGGUCCUGGUCCUGGUCCAGAGGUCAAACCCUCAUCACUGAUGUUCCUCAGUGAUUUCUUCCUGAUGAUAAACUCAUUAUUUCACUAAAUGUUUCAGUCCGUUUUUAUGUUUUUGUCUUUUCUCAGAAUUCAGUUCAUCACAUGUUCUUGUUGUUUUUGUGGGUCCAAGCAGCAACUGACGGUUUCUUCUUCUUCUCUGAUAAAAGUGUUUGUGCAGCGAAAACCAUUAAAGUAAAACUCACCUAAAUCAGCAGGUGGGUGUAAAUCACAUCCACUGCACAAAAUAUGACACUAAUUGACCUCAAGGUGGCGCUGUAAUGAUGCAGGUUACCUUUUCAGCUCAGUGUAAAUUCCCUCAGUUCAUCUGCAGCUUUCUUCUUCUGGUCUUCUCUCGAAAAGAAGUUAAAUCAAAACAAACUGAGGUUGUUGAUCUGAUUCACAUGACGUCAUCUUCAUCAUCUCCAGACGAUGACAGAAAGUUAUCAAAAGAAUUUAAUGUCAAUCUGUUUAGGAAUUAUAUAAUUUUAUAUGUCAAUAAAAUCAAUUUCAUGAAUCUAAAUUAAAGAUAAAUGUUUAUAUCUCAUAAUCAGCUGCAUGGAUUCAUAUGUUUGGUUAAAUAUUAAUCACCUGUACGUCUACACAGGUCAUCCACUGGAUGAUGAUGAUGAUGAGCGUUCACCUCAGUCUGAGCUCUAGUUCUACACACUGUUAUCACCUGUGUCUCCAGCAGCGUCUGUUCAGACCAGAUCCGUGUUUCAAACGCUGAUUUGAUCCGAUGAACAUUUUCUUUUUCUCCGUGUUCGAUUUAAAGAAACAAAACGUUUCCUGAUGCUCCUGAAACCAGAGGGAUGAUGUGUUUGAUUAUCACACCAACAUUUAGACUGUGAUGUCAUCACCUCCACCUGUGUGAAGGUGUGUGUCGUCAGGUCAGAGGUCGAAAACCUCAGAUGACUGACGUCCAGCUUUAGCAAUAAUAUGAUCAUUAAUUCACACGGUCUCUAAAGACUCGUCAGCUGCUUGGACCCGUUAAUAUUUACAGACUCUGUGUGUGUGUGUGUGUGUGUGUGUGUGUGUGUGUGUGUGUGUGUGUGUGUGUGUGUGUGUGUGUGUGUGUGUGUGUGUCCUCUUCAGGAGACUAUUGCAGUUCAGCCAUGUCAGUAUUUAUUGUAAUGAUUGACCUUUGACCUUUGCAGAAUGUAUCUUUGUACAUUGAAUAUGAAAAUAUAUAAAUGGAGAAUGACUGUGUUUUAUAACUUACUCAGCUAUGCACUAUGUGUCUGAGGGUGGGGGGAGGGAGGGGGGGAGGUGAGGGGGGGGGGCUCAGUCAGCUUCCAUCUCCUGCAGGACAAACUGAACUCUGGGAAACUUCAUCCCAUCAUGACAGGAUGGAGGAGUUUUCCCGCCCCCCCUUUUGCAGGUGUGCGUCAUGCAGCAGGUCACACCUGCUCUUCUACAGCCUCUCCGCUUAUUUUUAACACGCAAUUAAAGAAACUUUUGUGGGCUGA